UGACAUUUACAGUUUACUCCCCUUUCAUUUUGGCCAUUUUCUACAUUAAAUAUUAAUAAAUUAAUGAAAAUAUUAUUUUCAAUCUCUACAGGCUAACGAUGUUCAUAAGUAUUCUUUAUUUCAAAGCGACAGCAUAAGUAGUUUUCGAGAUAUUUAGUAAUGUGACAGACAGACAGACGGACGGACAGAAUCGCAACAUAGGGGCUCCUUUUGUACCUCAAUAAGUCAAUUGUUUUAUUAUGGUCUGCAAAACAACAGUUGAAUCAAGCGGUUCUUGAUUCAAUAAUAUUAUAACAAAUAUUUUAGACAGUGUCACCAUAGCGCCUGCAAUUAAACACUUACUUCAUUUAUAAAAGUUCACUAAAGUUAUCAAGCCGAUAAAGUUCGUUUGUCCCUUUCCGGCGUAUUGGUGUGAUAGAAAGGAACAAACGAACUUUAUCGGCUUGAUAACUUUAGUGAGCGUUUAUGAAUAAGGCGGUUAGCAUAUAUUAAUUCUUGUUUAACAUAUCCUAUCUAGUUUGUUUUGGAGUUGUCAUACUAUCGACAGCCGACUUUAAAUUAGGCAGAUAAUUAAAUUGCUGGGCAUAUCGUGAAAUUGUGUCUCUCGUUUACUGAGUCGAAUUUUUAAUUUCGUAUACCUAUAAUACACUUUAGCCUUCUAACAUUUAAUUCUAUUUUUGUACAUAAUAAAUACAUUUACCGGAUACCUUAUAACUUACUUUAUGUGCACUGACUAUCUUAAAAAUAUGGUCGUAUUUAUCUUAAACCAAGUAAUUAUAUAAAAACAGUGCUUUGUGGAUUUUUAUUUGAAAUCCCCUUCUGACCCGGCAAAAAAAAUCAAAAUAAUUAUGCAAAAGUAAUUAGUAAAAAUUGACGUCUUCAUUUUUACAGUGAUUUCAAUAUUCUGCGUGUCGGCUGUAGAAUUUAACAGGACUGCUGAGGGGCACCACCAAGGAUUACUUGCAGAUUGUCCAGGGUCCGAGAAACCUGUGUCCAUCAGCAGAAAAAGCCUCGAACGACUCAGAAUAUCAGUGAUAGGCCCUGGAAUAUUUCCUUACACCUGGUACACAUCCUUUAACUACUAUCAUGUCAAAAACAUUGUUAAAAACCCUGAAAUCGACUUCAAGAAUAAAAAGACGUUUAUGUACGUCGGAGGAUAUGGCGAGAACAUAAUGGUGGGCCUUGGAAGAUAUUUAGCAAACAUGUACAAGGAAAUGGGGUAUAAUAGCCUUGUGCUGGAUACUUUCGAGUUUACUGUGCGAUACUAUCCUGAAGCCGCGAGGGUUAUGCGAGGCGUAGGAAAACACACAGGCGAAAUGUUAGCCCAGCUAACAAAACAGGGUCUAAACCCAAAGAACUUGACGAUUCUUGGGCUCAGUCUAGGUGGAGAGACCAUAAGUUUUAUAGCAAAGAGCUAUCAGCAAAUCACCGGAAAAAACAUCUCUUUCCUUAUAGCUUUAGACCCCGCUGGACCUUGCUACAGAAAGCUGGGCUCUAAAUACAGACUUGACCCUUCUGAUGCCGAUUUUGUUCUAAGCAUCGCUACAAAUAUAGACGGUAUGGGCAUAAAUAUUCCUGUUGGAACUGCGACGUUUUAUGUCAACGGAGGGGAGUAUCAACCUGGACAUUUUCCUUUAAUGCCGUGCGGAAUUUUUUGCAGCCACUUGUGGGUUUUAAUUCUUUGGUUAUCAGCUUUAUACAAUCCAGGAAUAUUCGUGGGCAUAAAGUGUGAUUCUGUAGAUCAGGCUAGAAAUGGCAUGUGCUUUAACAAUACGCCGAUGAUAACAAACACUAUGGAUAUGGGUAUAGAUAAGACUAAACCGGGCAUUUAUUAUUUGCCCACGACGAAUGGAAUGCCGUAUGGUGUGGGGAUGAAAGGUUUGAAAAAGUGGAUGAAAGACAAGGCUCGUUUAGAAGAGCUUAAGUCAGCAUAUCGUAAACCUUGAUUGUUAACGAAAUUUACAAAUUAGGUCUCAAUUUCAACAGCCGUCAGUUUAUUUUUGACUAGUUUGUCCCGUCAAUUCAAAUGUAUAUAUGCACUAAACAAAAUUGCUUGAUGUUUCUUCAUUUUACCUUUCUUUUAAAGUUUAAUUAGCUUUUUAAGAUUUAUUCCUGUUAGAUCUACUAUUUCUGCCAAAUAUUAGACCAAUAACUCCAAUUUGUUACCUAGUUAUAUAGGUAUAUAGGUACAACAUCACAUAAAUCAUAUUAUAAGCCUCUUUUUAAAGAUAUUUGAAAAACAUGUAAAAUAAAAAAAUUGUAACACAAUUUUAAUUUAAAAUUUUGAGUUAAAAUCAAGUGAAUUCCUUUAACAACAUACCAAAUGGGAGGUAUCUACACAAUGUUUGACAUUGUUAUCAUUGUGGUGCUUUUUUAUAUUUUUAUCGGUAGAAAUACCGUAAAUGUCUCACCAAUUUACAGUGUCGCAGUAUAGUAAAACACUUAAACCAAGGGAUGAAAGUCACGUUUUAGUGUAGGUAAUUGGAAUGAUGGUGAGAACAAUCUUCUCCGAGACCAUUGAAAUGUUAAAGGUCAGUUUUAAAUGUAACUAUACGCGAUUAAGUCCCUAUUCAAAAGUAAAAAUAAAGAUGGAGAAUGGUGCUGGCUGAAUUAUGAAUGAAUCGGAAUGACUUUAUCAUCAAUAGUUCAAGGACAAAAGUGACGCAACAAGUUACAGGUCAAUAUUGACUUUGCUAUGAUAUAUCUUAGGAUAUAUUAGGAAACUGGACCAUGUUGACUUUUGAAAAUACACCUUAGUCAAAAAAUAGCACAUACAUAGUUAACCAAGGUGAGAACACCAAUAGUCAGAGACGAGAGUGUACCUAAUGCUAAUAAUAAAGAUUUUACGAAUUAAAUAAAACCUUCAAACCAAUAUUUGCCUUUACAAAAUUAUGCAAUAGCAAUUAACAAAAAAUAAUAUACCAUUUUCAUAGCUACAUACAAAUAUAUUUGCGUCAGUUAUACAUUAUUCCAUUUUAACAUAUAUAUUUAAACAAAGAAACUCUUUGAAAUGUACCUACUCUGUAGAUAUUUUUAGCAGUCUGUGCAAAACACAUUAUCAAGUUGGAAAUCAUUCCGAAACAAAAUUCAUACCAGAAAUAUAAAAAAAUGCGUAUUUAUGUGAAAAUGCAAGGCUGUAGAUUGAAGAUUGUAGUAUAUCUCGUAGUGUUUUUAUUGAAAUUUGUGUCAUCAGUGGAAUUCAAUCGGACUGCAGAAGGUUUUCACCAGGGAGAGCUCGCGACUUGUCCAGGAUCAGAAAAGCCCGUCAGCAUUAGCCGAAGAAAUCUCGAACGACUUAGAAUAGCAGUUAUCGGUCCCGGCGCCUUUUCUAUAGCCUGGUACACUAUGUACAACUACUUUCAUAUCAAAAACAUGAUCAAGAACCCCAGCAUAGACUUCAAGAACAGGAAGACUGUAUUAUAUGCUGGAGGGUAUUCGGAGAUGAUGGGAUUUGGUCCGGGGAGAUACUUGGCGAGUCUGUACAAGGAGAUGGGGUAUAAUGCACUUGUGUUGGAGACGUUUGAGUUCUCUAUGCGGUAUUAUCCUGAAGCAGCACGAGUUAUGCGAGGAGUUGGAAAACACACAGCCGAAAUGCUAGCAGUUCUCACCAAGCAGGGUUUAAACCCGAAAAACCUUACCAUCCUCGGCCUCAGUCUCGGCGGGGAAACCAUGAGCUUCAUAGCCAAGAGCUACCAACAGAUCACCGGGAAAAACAUUUCCCUACUUAUAGGCUUGGACCCUGCUGGACCCUGUUACAGACAACUAGGUCCUAAAUACAGACUUGAUCCUUCUGAUGCCGAUUUCGUCAUGAGCAUAGCUACAAAUAUAGACGGUCUCGGUAUUGGUCUUCCUGUUGGAACUGCUACAUUCUACGUCAAUGGAGGAGAAUACCAACCAGGUCACAUUCCUUUAAUAUCUUGCGGUGUCUUCUGUAGUCACUUAUGGGCUUUGAUUCUUUGGAUAUCAGCGUUAUACAAUCCAGGAAUAUUUGUGGGUAUCAAAUGCGAUUCCGUCGACCAGGCUAGGAAUGGCAUGUGCUUUAAUAACACUCCAGUAAUAACUAAUAAUAUGGACAUGACUAUAGAUGUAACGAAGCCAGGUAUUUAUUAUGUGCCAACGACCAGUGGGCAUCCUUAUGGAGUAGGGAUGAAAGGGUUGAAGAUGUGGAUGAAAACGAAGGAGAGGUUAGAACGGUUAAAGUCAAAGAGAGACAAACAUUGAUUUAUAAUUUUAAACAGAAUUACAUUUUUUAAAGAAGAGAGUAUUCGCCUAUUCUUAUUUUUUCUGUAUAGGUAUUUUACGGAAGGAUUACAUGUCUAAGUUUCGUGACGCAUUGGUAAUGCUGUAAUGUCAUGUAAAGGUGUUUUACUAAUAAAUAAAUAAAUAAUAAUAAAUGGCGUUUUGUUUGAUUAUGCUAUUAACUUGAUUUUUGCGUGCGUGAUAUAGAAUGUUUA